AUGGUGGGGAGUAAGUCGGAGACACAGAGGCGGGACUCGUACUUGUCUCCGCAGAGGUUGGAGGUGCAGAAAAGCGGGACAAUGUCGUGCAUGAUUCCUGAAGAAGUUCGAGCGACAUACACGCAGCAAUAUACCGCUCCCAGGGUGCAGUCUUAUUACGUUUCGAGCUUACGGAAGCCGUCGCGGGUAGACGAGGAAAAAGCAGUGAACCUGGAGCGACUGAAGAGCUACUAUUCAUCGCGCAAUGCGACUGUUUGCCAAGUACGGGGCCCAGGUGCGAUGUGGACCUGCAGGAGCUCUGAAGGCGAAGGGUCUACGGGCUCACGGCGGGCCACUACGUACGGUGUAGAGGGAGGACUGCAAUCUCAAUGCCCCACAGACUAUGAGUUUGGGCGGCACGACCACCUAGGUGUUAUGGGCAGCGAUUUAGAUACCAUUUCAGGUGAUAUGGGACGCUCUUAUGUGAAAUACUACGACAAGCUUUCUACAAUCAACCGCGAUGCCAACUACCAGUUGCGUAAGAACAACAUGUGGAUACCGGUAUGCGGCGAAGAUUACGGGAGGCCUGUGGAAUUGCUCCCGAGCGGCUUAAAUUACGACAGGAACGACGGAAUGGGCUUGCUGGAGACAAAAGAGCUGUCUCCUGCAUCGGUGACGAAUGUGCCGACGAGUAAUGAACUGUUCAUGGGUGGUAGCACGAGCUUGCCCCUUUUUGGAGAGAAGAGCCUCCCUUCUCUCAUCUACCAUUCAUCUAUAGAGCUCAAGAACAAAAUAUACAUUUUAGGCGGCCUAACAACUUGUUACAAGAAUGAUGACGGGGCACCCGAUCUCUAUGACUUCCACGUGGAUGGCAUUAAGAACCUGCCACCGCCGAUUAAUGACCAGCUUGUGAAUAAUCCUGCUUUACUUUCUAACCGUCGCCUCUAUGUGGUAUCGGCUAACGGGUUUACUCUGCGCAUUCCAAAGCUUUCGGGCCAGGUGCCUCCACCGCUUCUCUGUGGGCGCAUAUCAAAGCUGUCAGAUCGUUAUAUUUUCUAUUAUGGCGGCUUUGAGAUCAGAACUGAGACUGUGAUAGACGAAGACACUGGAAAGUACUACUUGAGCAGGAGGGCAUUCCUAAAUAACACGGCAUAUGUCCUAGAUGUUCAACUCUUUAAAUUUGUGAAGGUUGAAUUGGUAACGCAACCUACCAAGUUUUCUGCAUUUAGUCCCACAGUUCCACGAUUUGGUCAUAUGCAGAUCUCAGUUAAGAUGAAUAACUCAAUCAGCAGAUGUACAGAAAGCGAAGAUAGCAAGAGUACCGCUAGCUCUAUGCGCACAGGUCCUCAAUCAUACGUUAGCUCGGCAGAAGAUGACUGUCACCAGCAGAGCUCGGAACAGACACUCAGCAGGGUAUCGACUGUGUCCAGUACACACGCUGCCACCAUAUUCAUAAUGGGAGGGUACAGACAGGUGGAUGACCAUUCAUACGAAGCGUUACAGGACAUGUGGCGAGUCGAUGUAACUGUGCUAUCGAGGGGUAAGAAAGGAUACAUGAAGUUUGCAGAAAGUGCGUCUGCUACAUUGAUAACUCGUGUCGGUUCGGAUUCGAAGAACUCAUGGCCAGAACCACGAGCCUUUAUGGCCUCAUGCAUUGUAGACAGUAACCUCCUCAACCGGACUUUCUCCUUUGAAGACACGCUGCGCGAUGCCAAGGACAUCUGCACGACUCCCGAAGAGACGAGUCAGGCAAUUUUCGCCAAUCUUCCAGCAAGUGCAAAAGUUGGCAGGCCUGCAAACCGCGACGCACGCCAGCGCACGCCACUGUCGGGCAACAAGGACGCCAAAACAGUCAUAAUCCAUGGUGGAUCGGAUGGCUCACGGGUAUACGGCGACAUGUGGUGGUUCGACUUAGCGGACGAGCGCUGGUCACGGAUCGCACUUUAUUCACGUGACCCGGAUUCCGGCGAGCGCCGGCCAAUUGGCCUUCCUGCCGUGGGCCACAGCAUUUUCCAUUCUCGCGACGAGUUCCUCCUCUAUGGCGGUCUCAGCCAGCAGGACAUCUCGUCCCUCUUUCCGGAAGCGCCGCCUUUCUACCGGCCCCGCGAGGAACCCGUUGAUGCACUAAAUUGUAGCGCUGCCGUUAUCGCCAUUCCCUCAAUGACCAUCUCUCCCCUGGACUGCAGUGCUCACCGCGACUCCACGCAGCAUUACACCCAUCUCCUCUCCGUCUCUGUUCUUGCCAUCCGCGGCCAGCUAUGGCUAGUUGGGGGUGCUGUCGCCUCAUGCUCUCCCACCUCAAUAACCAUUGCCCUACGCGGAGCCAUCUCAGAACUUACAAUGCCCCUCACCGAAAACUCCGUGGCACGAGAGUGA